CUAUAUUUUAGCGAUACGAUAGCACGCAGCAAGUCGCCGCGGAGCCGCCGUAGCUCAGCCGGGACUUGCGUUGUUACACGUCGGGCGCAUCGAGUCACGGGCCAUGCUGCGCUCCUCGGGCGUAGCUAUCGCUUGCUUGCGCGUCGCGUGAACGCGUUUCAACUAUCGUGACGUGCUGCGCGAUGCAUCUGAGAUCGCGGAACACGCUCCAGUGAUCGAUCAUCCGAGCUGAGAUCGAAGGUGUUCAAGAUCAAAAAAGUGCCCGGAUCUGUUUCAAGAGACAGCUAUGAAGACAGAAGUGGAAGAUAUGGCGAGCAACGGCGUGUGCGAGGGCACUGGUCCGAAUCUCGCGGCAGGCGAAAACACCAGCGGUCUGAUAGGGCCGGAAAUGUCGCCAAGCGUGAUGGAGUGCGGCGGCUGUGGAGAACGCGUCCGCGAGCGCACUGUCCUCUGCGUCGGCGGUCGAACUUGGCACUCGCGGUGCUUGAGGUGUUGUGCUUGUGCCAGGCCUCUACACGACCAGCAUUCCUGCUUCCUCAAAGGCAUGAGACUUUACUGCAGGCACGACUACGCUCUGACUUUCGGAGCGAAAUGUGCCAAGUGUGGCCGAAGCGUGGGUGCUGGUGAUUGGGUAAGAAGAGCCAGAGAGAGGGUGUAUCACCUGGCCUGUUUCGCCUGUGACGCCUGUUCUCGUCAACUUUCCACUGGCGAACAAUUCGCUCUCUUAGACGCCAGACUGCUCUGCAAAGCUCACUACUUGGACGUCGUCGAAGGCAACAACACUUCUUCCGAUGAAGGCGGUGACUCGGAGAGCGGGCACAAGAGCGGUAACAAGGCGAAGAGAGUGCGAACCACGUUCACGGAGGAACAGCUCUCCGUUCUCCAAGCGAAUUUCCAACUGGACAGCAAUCCCGAUGGCCAAGACCUCGAGAGGAUAGCGCAUGUAACCGGACUCAGCAAAAGAGUUACGCAGGUUUGGUUCCAGAAUUCUAGGGCAAGGCAGAAGAAGCAUCUGCACACGGGCAAAAUGAAAGGGCAACAUGUUCAUCAAUCACCACCGAAUUCUACCGCGUCCACGGGCGAUUUCAGUCGACACAUCAAUUUACAUCUGACGUAUUCGUUUCAACAGCAACAUCAUCAUGGCCAACAACCGCCGCAACUAAGUCCGGCUACGUGCAAGAGUCCAACGCCAUCCCUUUAUCAUAAUCAUGUUUUGCUUUGAAAAGGUCUACUCUCUAUCGCAACACCGUCCACUCUGUCUUCAGGCUCGGAACAAUCGAUGGACGAACUCUCGCAAGACUCGAUGAUGUUGUCGAUGCCGAACGAGGUUUAAUCGCCGCUGGAUUUAGCCGUACAUUGUAAAUAAUUCUUUAUUUAAUCUUAAGAUCUUUCCUUUCUCUUUCUUUCUACGCGUCGUUCCUUUCCGACAGUUUACUCGCGUUGCUGAAACGUAUUAUUAUUAUUAUAUAUAGGUAUAUAUGUGUACCGAAUGUUUUCUAUGAUUUAAUACAAAAUCCGCCCACGAAAUCGUUGUUAACCUAAUAAGAUUACCGGCAGAAAAAGAAAAAAAGAAAAAAAAAAAGAAAAAAAUAUCGUAGAGACGACAACUUUUUAAGACUGGAUGGCAGCACAGCUCUCUCGCACUGGAUGUUAAGCUUAUUAAAAAUAAGUGGCUACACUCGAUGUUCCAUGUUGCGCAUCUGACGUGGAAACAAGUUGCGAAUAUUUCCGUAGAGUGAUAGGUGAACGAAUAUCCUUCACGGUCCUAAAAGAAGCGAUAAAUGUAAUUUUUCCUUCUUUUUUUGGAGAGAACAGAAUGUGAGAAGUAGUUGUCCUCGGUUAGAUUGUUCCGUGGAAUCACCUGAUGUAAUCAGGCUAGGCGUUUUAACACGAAACGUAUAAGAUCGAAUAUAGAUAUGAUUAGUAUAAAGGAGAAAUUCGAGUCGUCCGGUGUCCCCGGGACCUUGUGGAGACACGAGUUGUCUGAUACCUCGGGGAACAUCAGAAAGCAAUGUUCCGAAUGAAAGUAUCUUUUACAGUGUUUAGGUAAUUAAUUGUGUAAUUGUAAGAGGAUUAUUAUUUAAUAUACAUGUACUGUGAUGU